AAAAUCAUCAACCGUUCUGCAAGAAUUCCUGAAGAAAAUGGAAGAGAAUGGCGAUGUGCAAACGAUGGUGAAAUUGGAAACGGAAUGGAAGGACUACAAGACCUCUCUCGGAAAACAUUAUGAUAAAAGCGAGAACAAUUUGAGAAUGGCAAUAUUUGAAAGUAACGAAAUAUUGACAGAAAAGAUAAAUAGAAAAUAUAAAAAAGGCUUGCUUACUUAUACAACUGCUUUGAAUGACUUGGCUGAUUUGACUGAAAGUGAAUUUUACUUGAUGAAUGGACUUCGAUUUUCCAAUGAAACUGGAAAAAGGCACACUCGACAACUUAGUGGUAGUUUGUAUCAGUAUAAUAAAACCGAUAAAUUGCCGAGAUCUGUUGAUUGGAGAAAGAGAGGCUACAUUACAUCGAUUAGACAUCAAGGUGAAUGUGGCAGUUGCUAUGCAUUUACUGCAGUUGCAGCAUUAGAAGCUCACCACAAGAAGAAGACCGGAAAACUUAUCGAUUUGUCGCCGCAAAAUAUUGUCGAUUGUACAUGGAAAUACGGUAACAGAGGUUGCGAUGGUGGCCUUAUGAAUCCGGCCUUUCAUUAUGCAAAAUUGUACGGCGUUAUGGCAGAGUCGAAAUAUCCGUAUGUUUCCGUUGCUAGGCAGACUUGUAAUUGGAACAAAAAAGAUGUUGUUGCCACUGAUAAGGGUUAUUAUUUCAUACAACGAGGUGACGAAUUAGGACUCAAACAUGCUGUUGCCAGGCGCGGACCUGUUGCUGUUGGAAUUUCCGGACAUCAACCCAGUUUCCGAUUUUAUAAAUCCGGUGUUUAUGGUGAUAACACAUGUAAUGUACCAACUCAUGCAGUAUUGGUCGUCGGUUAUGGAACGCAUAAAAUUCACGGAGAUUAUUGGAUUAUUAAAAAUAGUUGGGGAACUCAUUGGGGGAAAAAUGGAUAUGGUUAUCUGGCUCGAAACAAAGGGAAUAUGUGCCACAUUGCUACAAUGGCUUCAUUCCCUAUGUGA